AUGUGGAUGCAGUCUAGUAGGUAAGGCAAUGGUGGAGAAACUCCGGUCAGAUCCUCCACAAUCUCUGCAACUCAGCAAACACCCAGUGGGAAUUUAAAAUGGAGCUUGUGCCUGUCUGCCCACCAUGUCGUGGCUGGGUCCCCAACAUGGUCCCAUGGCAGCCAUUUUGAAUUGUGCCACAUACCUCAUGGCAGCCAUUUUGCGGCUGUCUUAAAAUUCCAGAUGUGCCCACUGGCUCCCAAAGUUUUGGAAGCCUGUGCUAUCUCUCCCACUGCACUCGAGUUCUGAGUCUCUAACCACCUGGAAACCCUGAUGACACCCAGUGGGUGUCAUCCAGCAACACCUCCCUCCCAAUACCUCUCGAAGCUGCCCUGUUCUUCCAUCUCGAGUUUCUUCUGUCCUGUUCCUCUCCUUAUUUCCUGACUUUUUAAAGCGUUCCCCUCCUUGCACACCUCUUUCUAUGUAGUUUCAGAACAAUUAGAAAGGGAAGUGUUUAUUAAAAAUAUUGUCAUUUCCCAGGAACUCAGGGCCUACAUACAGUCCUAUACAACACAGUUUGGACACAGGUUUUUCACAACGAAACAUCCCCCACAACUUCAGUUUUGGAGACCCCAAUGUGAUGCUAGCAUAUUUCUUUAUGACAUAUUUUUUUUAAAGAACAACACCACCAAAAUAAAAUAUUGAUGAUUAUGUGUUACACUAUCAACUAUACUAUUGGGACUGGCCUUUCAUUUUCUGGAAUGUGUUUGGAAAGGGAACUCUUAUUUGACAAAACAGUGAAGACAUCUAAAAACUUUUCCAAUACAGAUGCAGACUUCUAGUGUGUGUGCAGAAAGGAGUUGUUUUCACUGGCUUGUACCCCAUGCUAGUCCUGUUCAGAAUAGACACAUUAAAAAUGAACCCAGGUUAGGCAUGCCAAUUAAUUUCAGUGGGUCCACUCUGAGGUCUAGCAUUAGGGCUGCUAAAUAACUGUGGGGGUUUUCUAAAAAAAAAAGCCCAACAACUUUCGGGGUGUCUUGUCUUCUCUUGGGAGACAGAAGCUGUGUACAUGCCUUAUACUAAAAGUAUAUGUCUUUCUCCAAAAAAUCCUGGGAGCUGUAGUUUGUUAAGGGCAUUAAAGCUAAGCACCCUUAAUGAACUACAGUUCCCAGGAUUCUUUGAGGGAGGAGCCACAUGCUUUAAACAUAUACAGUGGUACCUCGGGUUAAGUACUUAAUUUGUUCUGGAGGUCCGUACUUAACCUGAAACUGUUCUUAACCUGGAGUACCUCUUUAGUUAAUGGGGCCUCCUGCUGCUGCCACGCUGCCGGAGCACAAUUUCUGUUCUCAUCCUGAAGCAAAGUUCUUAACCUGAAGCACUAUUUCUGGGUUAGCGGAGUCUGUAACCUGAAGCGUAUGUAACCCGAGGUACCACUGUAUUCUUCUUCUUUGGUGAUCACUUGGUAGCCGAGCAAGGUUGUCUUCCAUGAACACGGUCUUAACAGUGAGUCCGUCUCACCAUGACAAGGUGAUGAUCCUGCGAGUGAAUUUAGAACACAUGGCGCAUAGGGCAGUCAGAGGACGCAUAACAGGAGCUCCCCAUACGGAAAUCGGUUUUGCACUGGCAUCAUGCUCCAUUUUGGGAACAACAAAAAAGUCGCAACCCCACCAUUAUGUGCUCUUUGAGGUUUGCAAUCCAAACGCAGCCUGGAGUCUGAAAAAGUGAUGCAAGCAUAGGGUUUUUUGUUUGUUUGUUUGUUUGUUUUUAAGCCCAUUGCUGAGAAAUUGAAAUAAGCAGGUGAUUAAGAACUGAGUGACUGCACUGUUUAGUUGCUUAAUUCCUUAACCCACUUCCAGGGCAAAAAGCCCACAGAACGAAAGGUGCUUACUUCUAAGUAGACACAAGAGGAGCCUGCUGCUGGUCCAGGUCGGCCCACCCAGUCCAGCACCCUGUUCUCAAUAGUGAAAACCCGCAAUCAAGAGUAAAGCCACUCUCCCCUGCUGCGGUUUACAGCGACUGGCAUUGCUGCCUCUGCCUGUGGAAACAACAGAACAUAGCCAUGGUGGCCAGUAGUCAAAUUGUCCUCUUUUAAAGCCAGCCACGUUGGCGGCCUCACUGCUGAGUAAGCAGUGCCGAAAAGGAGGGACUGAGUAAACCAACUCUGCACAGACAGGCAAAAAGAACAGAGAACUGAAACUCAUUCCUACCCCCCGCUCCCUAAAAAAGAAAAGAAAAAACACCACUAAGGACUUUGCAGAAGCAGAUGGGAUCUGAGUUCUAAUCUUGCCCCCCCCCCCCAGCUCCUUCGUUUCUGGUUUCUCUUUAGCGACGCUCCCUUGCCUCGUUGCAAAAGCAUGUGCAAGUCGUAGAGGAUCAGCGCCGACCGGCCUCGCAGAUCCCAAACUGCCAUGUCCAAAAUGGCUGCGCGCUGGUCCUUUUCUCCCGGCUGACGAGCUGCCCAUCCGGCCGGUGCAAGCCCAUGCACGCAGCCAGCCUUGUGCUUGGUAAAAGAAAAAGAAAAAGGAAUAGGGGGCGGGACGGGGGGGGGAGUGUUCCCCAGUUUUCUCCAAGCAGUGUUCUUGCCCAGUGGGAAAUUGCAAACAGCAGAGAUUGAGGGUGAGAGGCUGCAAAUCAAAAAAGAAGGAAGGAUCUGGCUGCCUUCAUCCCCGUCGCGAGAUGUUGGGCCGGUGGAUCUUGUAAAAAAUCUUGGAUCAGCUCAGGCAUGCAAGCUUUGCUCCCAGAAAUUCUCUCCUGCGCAAUCGUGAAAGGUGCAGGGAUCCUCUUUUGCAUAUGCCCCCCUUAAGUUAUGUCAUUUGUGUUCAAAACCAGUUGCAGCUUUUUCAAAAUGUCAUCUAGUUGCAUCCUGCAGCAGUGAGUUCCAUGAGUGACUUGUGCAUCCUGCAUGCUUUUUGGGGGCUCUUCUGAACCAGCUGGGUUUCACUCUAAAAGAUAAAGAGACCCCUGACCAUUAGGUCCAGUCGGGACCGACUCUGGGGUUGUGGCGCUCAUCUCGCUUUACUGGCCGAGGGAGCUGGCAUACAGCUUCCGGGUCAUGUGGCCAGCAUGACUAAGCCACUUCUGGCGAACCAGAGCAGCGCACGGAAACGCCGUUUACCUUCCCGCCGGAGCGGUACCUAUUUAUCUACUUGCACUUUGACGUGCUUUCAAACUGCUAGGUGGGCAGGACCUGGGACUGAGCAACGGGAGCUCAACCCAUCGCAGGGAUUCGAACCACCGACCUUCUGAUCAGCAAGUCCUAGGCUUUGUGGUUUAACCCACAGCACCACCCGCAUCCCUGGGGUUUCAUUCUACAUGGGAAGAAAAGCUGUGUUCCAGCGUUGAUGAGGGACAAUCCUCUCACCUAUAAGACCUUUAAUCGUGGAAUUGUGAGGCACCCAAACCAAUCGAAUGCAGAGUUGGGCGUGCAGUUUGACAAUCCAGGGCCUUCCUGAUCUUUUGGUGGCUUCCAUCAAUCAGUUGUGGUCCAAAAAAUGUGAGGAGGCAGCCUUGGACUGAGCAUAGGUCCAUCUAGCUCAGUAUUGUCUACACUGACUGGCAGCAGCUCUCCGGGGUUUCAGGCAGAGAAUGCUGCCAGCCCAACCUGGAGUUGCUACUGGGGGAAUCAAAGCUGGGAACUUCUGCAUGCAAAGCAGAUGCUCAGCCGCUGAGCUCGGUUGGUGAGGGCUGAUUCAUAGGAUCAGGCCAGAGCAACUUGCCACAGCUCAGUUGCCCUGUGGCCAAAUUCAUAAUCGGGGUAAUUCUGACAGGUUAAUCUGGGCAGUCAGCAGGAGCCAUUUAGUUAGGAGCUACAAACCUGAGGUUCCCCCCGUCGCCCCCUGCAUAAUCCCGGGAACCGUAGUUUGUUAAAGGCGUUAGGAAUUGUAGCUCCGUCAGGAGUAAACUCAGGAUUCUUUGGGGUUGUAGGACUGACUCUUAAAGUGCCGUAAAUGUGGAAGCCCCACAAAUCCCAGAGUCUUUACUAGGUGUACGCUCCUCUUGAAUGUUGUUGUCGUUUAGUCGUGUCCGACUCUUCAUGACCCCAUGGACCAGAGCAUGUCACGCACUCCUGUCUUCCACCGCCUCCCGCAGUUUGGUCAAACUCAUGUUCGUAGCUUUGAGAACACUGUCCAACCAUCUCAUCCUCUGUCGUCCCUUCUCCUUGUGCCCUCCAUCUUUCCCAACAUCAGGGUCUUUUCCGGGGAGUCUUCUCUUCUCAUGAGGUGGCCAAAGUAUUGGAGCCUCAGCUUCAGGAUCUGUCCUUCCAGUGAGCACUCAGGGCUGAUUUCCUUCAGAAUGGAGAGGUUUGAUCUUCUUGCAGUCCGUGGGACUCUCAAGAGUCUCCUUCAGCACCAUAAUUCAAAAGCAUCAAUUCUUCGGUGAUCAGCCUUCUUUAUGGUCCUCUGAAUAACUUCUGAAUAACCAGUGAUUAAAAGCUUUAGCAAACGGAUGGCUUCUUGCCUUCUGGUUUUAAUAUAACCCUGCCACUUUCUCCCUUGUCUUUUCCUUCCUCUUAGGGGCAUGCUGAUGAAGAGCCUUUGGACCAGGCCAUGGGGGUUAUGGCGCCCCCCAGUUGCAUCGUUCACCCUCAUGGUGCUUCUCUGCCUAUUCUGGUUGACGGGCGUAGAUGAAAGCUUGGCGUUAUCACCCAGCCUCCUGCUCACCAGCCCUUUCCAAGGUAAGCUACCUGAGGCUCCUGCCCCCUGGCGUGUUGCGUCUUGCCUCCCGAACCGUUCUGGGCUCCUUGGGUCCAGCACACCACUCUCAUCCCACCCCCACCCCCUGGAAUCCCAUGUGGGUUUUUAUUGAUACAGUGGUACCUCAGGUUACAGACGCUUCAGGUUACAGACUCCGCUAACCCAGAAAUACUACCUUCCCGCUAGUAAGCGGUCCCUAUUUAUCUACUUGCACCCAAGGGUGCUUUCGAACUGCUAGGUUGGCAGGCGCUGGGACCGAGCGACGGGAGCGCACCCCGCCACGGGGAUUCGAACCGCCGACCUUUCGAUCGGCAAGUCCUAGGCGCUGAGGCUUUAACCCACAGCGCCACCCGCGUCCCUAACCCGAGGUACCACUGUAGAAACUGUUUAUAUCCUGCCCCCUUGAAGCAAAAAAAGGCUCCCAUGCUGAUAACGGCUAUGUUGCAGGUUCGAUCCCCACAUGGGAUGGCUGCUUUGCAGGGGGUUGGACUAGAUGACACUUAGGGUCCCUUCCAACAGGAUUCCAGGGCAGCUGACAGCUGUCAACAACCAGUCAGUACCUUGACAGUCAGACUUGACAGAAAAGGGAUUGGGUGGGGGUGGGGAGAGAGAGCAUCCGUCCCUGUUUCUUGGUUACAGAAUUCUUGGCCAUUACGAUGUAAACUUGCUUCUGCUAAAAGAUGGAUAUUGAUUCACUGGGAUGAUAAUAAAAUACCCCCCGCCUCCCCUUGAACAAUGGCUAGAAGACACAGCUGCUCUUGCAAGUUACAAAUGGAUGGCUUUUAGAUUUGUAUAUGGGCAAAUACUGUAUGGUGAUAUUUGGAAUGCCUUUAUGUAAAAAAAAUCACGAGGGCUAGUUAAUAAUUUUAUACUUGUUAGAAUAAUUGUACACGGCGGCCCAUUGCGGGUGCUUCAGCUGAGAUUCCUGCAUUUCAGACGGUUGUACUGGAUGAACCUUGAAGGGAACGUUCUUUCACAUGUGGCGGACUUGCAAAAGGAUAAAAGAGUAUUGGGAAAUAACCCAUAAUGAAUUAGAAAAAAAAGUUUUAAAAUACUUUUCAAAAGAUAAUUCAGACGGAAAUUCCCAGGUGUCAAAAAAGGUUCUUUAUGUAUGCCACUACUGCAGUCUGUGUUUUGUUAGCCCCAAAAUGGAAAACGAGCCAGGUCCCAACUAAAGAGGAAUGGCAACUUAAGCUGACAGAACAUGUACAGCUUGUGGUCUUACCAUAUAGAAUAAGAGAACAAGAAGAACUUACGUUUAGAGAAGAUUGGAAAAUAUUUAUUGAAUACAUGGGGGGAAAUUGUGUACGCUUGAAAAUAUUGGCAGCAUUAAAAUAAAUCCAACAGUGCAAGUAAGUUUUGAUGGAUGUCAUAAUGGAAUACUGAAUGGUUUAGUUUAUGUAAAAUAUGCAGGGAUUUAUGAUUUGAUGCAAAAUGAACCAUGGAGAGAGAAGAAAGGAAGUCAUUGGUAUUUUAGGUAAAGGUAAAGGUACCCCUGCCCAUACGGGCCAGUCGUGACCGACUCUAGGGUUGCGCGCUCAUCUCGCUCAAGAGGCUGGGAGCCAGCGCUGUCCAAAGACACUUCCGGGUCACGUUGCCAGCGUGACGAAGCUGCUCUGGCGAGCCAGCACCAGUGCCGCACACGGAAACGCCGUUUACCUUCCCGCUAUAAAGCGGUACCUAUUUAUCUACUUGCACUUAGGGGUGCUUUCGAACUGCUAGGUGGGCAGGAGCUGGGACCGAGAAACGGGAGCUCACCCCGCCGCGGGGAUUCGAACCGCCGACCUUACGAUCAGCAAGUCCUAGGCACUGAAGUUUUACCCACAGCGCCACCCGCGUCCCCAUUGGUAUUUUAAGGCUGUUUAAAUGAGUACAGUGGUACCUCGGGUUACAAACACCUCAGGUUACAAACACUUCGGGUUACAGACUCUGCUAACCUGGAAGUAGUACCUUGGGUUAAGAACUCUAUCUCAGGAUGAGAACAGAAAUCGCAUGGUGGUGGCAGCGGGAGGCCCCAUUAGCUAAAGUGUUACCUCAGGUUAAGAACAGUUUCAGGUUAAGAACGGACCUUCGGAACGAAUUAAGUUCGUAACCAGAGGUACCACUGUAUUUUAAAUUGUAAAACAGAAAAUUUAAUAAAAAUUAUAUAUAUAAAUAAAAGGAUGAACCUUGGGGUCCCUUCCAACUCUACAAUUCUGUAUCCAUAUACAGUGGUACCUCGGGUUACAUACGCUUCAGGUUACAGACUCCACUAACCCAGGAAUAAACCUCGGGUUAAGAACUUUGCUUCAGGAUGAGAACAGAAAUCGUGUUCCGGUGGUGCGGCGGCAGCUGGAGGCCCCACUAGCUAAAGUGGUGCUUCAGGUUAAGAACAGUUUCAGGUUAAGAACAGACCUCCGGAACGAAUUAAGUUCUUAACCCGAGGUACCACUGUAUUGUAUUUUACCACAGUUUCAAGCACUCCCCCCUCCUUUUGACCUCGUCUUGACUUUUUUCCACUUUCUUUCCCGACCGAAAAUUUUCAAUAGGACGAAGAAUAAUAAUAAUAAUAAUAAUGGCAUGUUGUUAACCACCCCCUGCGUUUCCUCCCCGCAGCGUAUCGCCUCAUGACCUACUGCCUGUGCCUCACGGAGGCUCCCUUGUUCUUCCUCAACCUGCUCCUCUUUCCGCUGCUGAGUUGGCAUCAGGAGCGACGCCAGGGCACUCUGCGCUACCUCCACUCUUCGGCACUUGGCGCUUUUGCCUCGGCCCUCCUCUACCUCCUCCUAGCUUGGCUGCGGGGUGCUCAGGCCGGCUCUGCUGUUGGGGGCUACACCCCCGUGCACCUGGCCUUGCUGGGGUGCCCCCAAGGGCAUCGGAAACAGGGAGGGUCCCGGAGGUGGGCUUCCCCUCCUCUGCUGGCUGUGCUGCUGCUGGGUCUGAGCUGGAUUCUCUCGCCCAGCUCUCCUUUCCUCCUGAAUCUGAGUGGGCUGCUCACAGGCCUGGCCUGUAUCCUUUCCAAAAAGGUGGGUUGGGGGGGGGUUAACUGCUGGUUUAUGGUGCAUCUUGUUGGCCCUUGUGAGAGCAGGAGGUUGGUCCGGGUGGGUCCAGCAAUCAGGGUCUGCUUAGUCUCUCAUUUCCCUUGACGCCGCAGUCUGGGCCGGGGUCUUCUCCCCGCUGGAAUUAUCAGAGAGACGUCUGGAAAAGCUGCACGGCGGAAUCAUCUUUAAGACCCUCCAGGGGAGAGGUUCUUUCUUCCACUUCGUCUUGCCCCCGGAAGGACCUGCUGAAAUCCUCCCCACCGCUGACCCAGCCGCCAGGAGGGACAGGUGAAUUGGGAACCCAAGGCUUCCUUCGUAGGGCUGGGCGGGCGAAGGGGUUGUCGUUGGGGACUUAAUAAGAAAGACGAUCAGCAGAUUUCAGGCAGGGGACAUUCCCUGCCCUCUUUGGAGACGCUGGGGAUCAAACCUGGGAAACUUCAGAUUACGGUCGUACCUUGGAUCCCAAACACCUUGCGAGUCGAAUGUUUAGGCUCCCGAACGCCGCAAACCCAGAAGUGAGUGUUCCGGUUUGUGAACGUUCUUUGGAACCCGAACGUCUGACGCAGCUUCCGAUUGGCUGCAGGAGCUUCCAAUUGGAAGCUGCACCUUGGUUUCUGAACGUUUUGGAAGUCGAAUGGACUUCCGGAAUGGACUCCGUUUGACUUCCAAGGUAGCACUGUAUUGGGGAAUGAUUUGUAAUGAAAUGAAAAAAUUGUUUAAGAGAACACCCCCCCUCUAAAGGCCCAGAGGCGUUUCUUCUGGGUAUGAUACAGACAGAGGUAGCCAGGGGGCGAAAAAAGCUAUUUAUGUACCUAACGACUGCAACUCAGAUUUUGUUAGCUCAGAAAUGGAAGGUGGGAGAAGCUCCAAAGAGGGAAGAAUGGCAGCUGGAAAAUGAUGGAAUACGCAGAGCUAGCAGGCCUAACCAGCAGGGCAGCAGAACAAGAAGAAUGGGUAUAUAAAGAGGAAUGGAGAACAUUUGCAGAAAAAUCAUUGUAAGCAAAUGAAAACGCUAGCAGGAUUAUUGUAAAUUCAACGGUAUAGUUUGGAUUAAGAUAUAACAGAAAGGGGGAAACCAGAACAAAGGAAAUAUAAUACAGUCGUACCUUAGCUCCUGAACGCCGCAAACCCGGAAGUGAGUGUUCCAGUUUGCGAAUGUUCUUUGGAACUCGAACCUCUGAUGGGGCUUCCGAUUGGCUUCAGGAGCUUCCUGCAGCCAAUCAGAAGCCACACUUUGGUUUCCGAACAUUUUGGAACUCAGAACGGACUUCCAGAAUGGAUUCCGUUUGACUUCCAAGGUACGACUGUACGCAGUUAAUUUUGGAAGUACAAGGAACCAUGGAAGGAGGAGAAGGGAAGUCGUUGGCUGUAUCGUUCUCUAUUUAAUUUUGGGGAAAUGUAUACCUGAAAAUAUAAUAAGUAAAUAUUUGGGUGGUGGGGAAUUGGGAACCUUCUGCAGGCAAGUGCUCCACCACUGAGCUUCAGUCUUCUUUGGCUCAAGAUCACAGCCUUGCCUACCUUUUUCUCUCUCCCAGGAUUCCUCAUUCUCUGGAGUCACCAACCCAAGCAUUUCCCCCAGCAGAUUUCCCUACGCAGCCUCUCUUUCUGGCUUCGCCACCUGCCUCUUACUGGAGCGGAGAAACUGCAGCGCUGGAGCAGGAAUGCAGGCAGUCAGUUGCUGCUGGUUCCCGGCCUCCCUUCCCCGCCCACCAUGGGGCUUUAGGUGCUCCUUUCUCGGCCCUCCAAGGAUCCCUGAUGGAUGAAGAGCUGCUCCAAGCAGGGAUCCAGGCUUCUCUGCAGGAUAUGGCAGAGGAAGAGGUGAAACUUUCCAAAUCUUCGGUUUCUUCUCUCCGGUAAGGGUUUCCCGGGGGAAAGCUAAAGCUUCCUUCCUGAUGGGGUUUGGUGGGGCAUCAGAGAGAUGGAUACAGUGCAAUCGCAUCUCGCAUGGGGCUUUGGUUCAAAGAGUUCUGCGUGUCUCUGAUUGCAGGUCCCCAAACCCUUAGAGCCAACCCUGUGGCUAGCAGGGGUAGGGGGACAUUUGGUAGCAGGUAACCCCAAGGGGAGCAGACAAAAACAGAGCUUUGAAACACUCUGCCUUGCUUUGGAAGGCAAGGCCUGCUCAGCACACCAACUCCAGGAGGCUAGAGAUCUCACGCAAGACUUUCUGGGAUCUUGGAUGGCUCCGUGAGAUUUCACAUGAGCAUCCCAGAGCUGGCAUGCUUAGCAGGCCUUGCCCCCCGAGUGAAGCAGAGCUUAAAAGCUCUUUUCGCCCCAGGCAGACAACAGUACAUUUCCAAGCACAAUUCAAAGUGUUGGCGCUGACCUUUAAAGCCCUAAAUAGCCUCGGCCCAGUAUACCUGAAGGAGCGUCUCCACCCCCAUCGUUCAGCCUGGACACUGAGGUCCAGCUCUGAGGUCCUUCUGGCCGUUCCCUCCCUGCAAGAAGCAAAGUUACAGGGAACCAGGCAGAGGGCCUUCUCGGUAGUGGCACCCACCCUGUGGAAUGCCCUCCCAUCAGAUGUCAAAGAAAUAAACAACUAUCUAACUUUCCACCCCCUGCCCUUUCAGGCUCCAGCAGCUCCAGAAAAUGGGCUUCCCAACCGAGCGGGCAGUUGUUGCACUGGCAGCCACAGGCCACGUGGAGGGUGCCGUCUCACUGCUGAUCGGAGGCCACGUCGGAGACCAAGCCGUGGUGACGGCAGAGAGCCGCUCUGCUCAUCGCUAG